CUCGCGCUCGCGAGAGGGGGGCCAGUGGCGGAGCCGCAAUGCCGAUCGCCAUGGAGAGCGGGCGUGGGCACGGCGACCUGUUCGGCGGCGGCCGCGGGGUCGGAGGAGCUCUCUGCCCCGCGGCGCGCGGCGGCGGCGGCUCCUCGUCGUCGGCGGGGUGGGGAAGCGACAGCCGGGUGGGGAUGGCGCUCUGCGAGGACGCGGCGGAGGAGAGCAGCGACGGCGAGGUGCAGAGCUCGUACAGGGGCCCCUUGGACGCCAUGGACGCGCUCCAGCAGGCGCUGCCCCGCACCCGCGGCAGGAGAGAGGGGACCAAAUUUUCUUUGGUGGGUGCUGAGGACGCUGUGUUCUCAUCUCAGCAUACUAAAGAACUUGCCAGUCCUGAUGAUCCAUCCCCUAGGAAGCGCAAGGGUUUUCUUGCAUGCAGUGUCGACCAGAACAAUUCACAUAGUAAAGAACUGAGCCUUGUUGACGAUGCCACCAGCAGACCAUCAAGCUGCAGGAAGCUAUUGUAUCCAGUUGUUACAGGCAGUUCUCCAGUUAAGAACAGGGGCUACGCUGAACAGGCGAGAACAGAGUGCUGUAAAAACCUGCCUGGCUGUUGCCUGCAGAAGAGCCUUGAUGCAACGGAUGCCUUAGCUUCUCCACCUGCUGCAGUUCUACCUGAACUGACAUCAGUUCAGACGAAAUUUGUGGCGAUUAGUCUCAGUGAUGUGGCUGAGUUGACUGAUGUGAUUUCUCCUAGCGAAAAGCGGAGGAAGAAUUAGCUCAACCAGUGUAACAACAUUUUGAUCAGUUGCAACUUCAACCACUGGUGUCCAUUUUAGACUGCGGCAUCCAGUGGUGCAAAUUCAGAGAAGCUUCCGUCAUGUAUAGUUUUUUCAGGAUUAUACUCCUUAUAAUAUAUAAUGAUAUUAUGUAGAGAUACGAAUUUGAAGGGCUAGGGUGGUUCAUGCCUCGAUCUCCAGUCAGAUGCCGUCAGCUGUGGCUACAGUCCUACAGAUAUUCUGAAUCAUCUUUUAUUUGAAGAUAGACUGGAGAUUCUGACAGGUGAAGCACAAGACUUGGUCUAUGCCAAGGUGCAUAAGAGCCAGACAAUUCCUUGACAUGAGUACUUUCCUUUACAGGAUUUGGAGAGUAUCUGUGAUGGAUGAACAAAAUGUUAAUUAACAUUGUCCUGAAUCCUGUGAUUUGUUUGCGAUGGUCCUGAAUCAAAAUUGCAGUUUUUAGUCGUCUUGUCAUGUUCUGAACUUCUGAUUAG